CAGGCAGACCCCCUGGAUGGCUGCCCUGCAGGGCAUGUGAGUUUCCUCUGUCCUGAACCCCUUGUCCUGGGCACUGUCCCUGUGAGAUGACCCAUCUCCCUGGGCGGCCACUCUUUGGCAGCCUAGGACCCCUGGAGGGCAGGGCCCCCAUGGUAUCAGGCCCCCCUUGCUCAGCCCCAGCCCUGCCCUUACCUCUUGACAAAUGUCUGCAAGGAGCCCCCCGCCUCCCAGCAGGCAGGAGGGAGAGCCUGAGCACAGACCACUGCCUGCUUUCAAGGUCCCACCCUGUCUCCAUGACCCAGCAAGGAACUUCACCAUUCUGGGCCUCAGUUUCCCCAGUUUCCUGUGAAGUGGGCAACACAUGCACCCCACCAGGGUGUGGUGAGGAAGAGUGAGGUUACUGUGUGGAAAGCGUGUGCUCCAUGCGGAGCCCCUGAUAAGCCCUCAUAUCAUACAUAGCGUGUUAUAUUUGAAACAUUCAGAGCUGCCUGGUAAAUGGGUCAUUCAGCCCCCGGCAAAUGUUAGCUGCUGUCAUCACUAGUAUGUACCAAGCUCUGCGCUCAGCGGGCUCCUGACAACCACGAGAGGUAGGCACCAACACUGGCCCACUCAGCAAUGAGGAAGCCGAGGCUCAGAGAGGUGAAGUCACUUGUUCAAGGUCACAAAGGCCCCAAAGCUGGCAUCUGAACCAGCGUUGCGUCCUCUCUUGGCCUGGACUCAAUCACUGUCCCAGGUUCCCUCCCACCCACAGCAGAAGUGCCCAGGGGCUGGCCCCCGUAGACUCUCUGGCAGGUCCCAACCAGGUAGCACUGUGGCCAGGCAUCUCCAUCCCUUACCUUGGGUACUGGGCUCCUGCACGGUACCCAAGGUAAGGGAGCCCCCAGUCCUCAAGAGCAGAGAGCAGCAGGACAGGGCUGGUAUGACAGGGGGAAGGGGCGGGGACUGGGCGGGCAAACCGGUUGGGCAGCUGGGCUCUCAGCUCCGGGCCUCACCAGUUGAGCCUGUGCUGCUGGGUGGUGGGGCUGGCACAGCAGCUCGACGGGGCAGGGAGCUGGGGCCGCGAGGCCACCAUCAGAGCACCUCCGCCCUACCUGGGUGACUCAGGACCCCAACAUCGGAGAUGGGGUCUCUCACCUGUGCGAGGUCACGGGGCUGUCCCUGUGGUGGGCUCUUGCUGCUGGUGCCGCAGAGGCUUGGGCACUGAGACCACCCUCUCCCUCCCCAAGGAGGCUCCCAGCCGCCAUGCACCAGCACUAUGCUGUCCACUUCGCUAAGGGCACCCUGCCUCCCCGAACCCUCACUGAGAGCUACUUCUUGGACCCUGAAUUGGGACACCAAAAAGGAUGCUGUCACCAGUGGUGCCAUGACCCAGCAGCCCUUCAAGCCCAUGGGCCCUGUCAGCCACCCCCCCACGGGCGGUGGCAGCUGGCCUACCACAGCUACCGGGAGGGUGUCAGGGGCUGUUGCUGGGGCCCUAGGCCCCCUACCUUGCAGCAGCAGCAGCAGCAGCGGCAGCCCUGGCCCCCACCUCCUAGCCCCCUGCGUCAGCGGCUCUGUCCUGUUCCCAGUGGCCAGAAGGGGCCACCUACAAACACCACUGCCCCCAUGAGACCGGCCAGCGCCCCCCAGCCACCCCUGGCACCCACCACGGCACCUGCCAUGGCCAGCAGCGGCCCAGCGCCGCUCUCCACAGCCGGCACCCUCCUGGAGCCCAGCAGGCCCACUGACGCCCGGGCCCUGCCUGUCCCAGCAGCCUGCGGCCCCUUCACCUCCUACAGCUCCGAUAUCCUGACAGAGGAUGAUGUCUACUGCAGCUGCCUGGCCAAGACCCUUUGCCAUGUGCCCGUCCCUGUGACCGUGGGUUUCUAUGCCCCCUUUGGCUGCCGCCUCCACAUGAUGCUGGACAAGAUCACUGAGCUGAUGGAGCAGGAGGCGACGCAGCGCGAGGCCGAGCUGCUGCAGCACGUGCAGUGGCGGCCUCGGUCAGUGCGCGGCUGGGGCUUCCCGCAGUUGCUGUGGUACCUGGUGUUCCUGCAGCCGGUCAUCACUGAGGUGCACCUGCGGCGCAAGAACGUGAAGUUCCUCUUCAUCCGCUUCAGCGCCUGGCAGUAUGCGGGCGCCGACAAGCUGUGGGCCGGCCUGGUGACCACACUGUGUGAGGGCAUCCGCCACCACUACGGCGCGCUGCCCUUCAGCCUGUACUCGGUGCUGGGCAACAGGCCAGCCACGACAAAGGCCUUCCGCCAGCGCGAGUGGCACUGCCGGCGCCGCGUGUGCCUGGCGCUGGUGGUGCUGGUGGCGGCGCUGGGCCUCGGCGUGGCCCUGCUCUACCUGUCACUGGGCACCCACGCGCCGAGCCACAGCGGCCCCAGCAGCAGCCUGAUGCGGCUGUUCGGCGGUGCAGCCACUACGCUGUCAGGCUCGGGGCUGCUCAUGGCCGUGUACUCGGUGGGCAAGCACCUGUUCGUGAGCCAGCGCAAGAAGAUCGAACGGCUGGUGUCGCAUGAGAAGUUCGGCAGCCAGCUGGGUUUCAUGUGCGAGGUGAAGAAGGAGGUGGAGCUGCUCACCGACUUCCUGUGCUUCCUGGAGAUCUACCAGCGGUGCCGGCUGCGCAUCGUGCUGGAGGUCACCGGGCUGGACACGUGCUACCCCGAGCGCGUGGUGGGCGUGCUCAACGCCAUCAACACGCUGCUGUCCGACAGCCACGCGCCUUUCAUCUUCAUCCUGGUGGUGGACCCCAGCAUCCUGGCCGCGUGCCUGGAGAGUGCCAGCUCUAUGAAGGGCACGGCCGACAAUGGCUACCUCUUCCUCAACCGCACCGUCACGCUGCCCUUCUCCGUGCCCAUCAUGGGCCGCCGCACCAAGCUACAGUUCCUGCACGAUGCCGUGCAGAGCCGCGACGACUUGCUCUACCGCGAGAUGACGCGCCAGCUGCAGCCGUCGCGCCCGGUUGGCGACGAGGGCGCGCAGCUCCUGGCGGUGGAGAUGCAGGCGGGGGCUGAGCGCACGCAGAGCCGCAUCGACGCCGAGGCGGCGCGCCGCAUCCAGGAGGCGCUCUUCUGCCUGCACAACGAGCGCGACUGCCUCUACGAGUACGUGCCGGACAACGUGGUGUCCAUGCGGCGCAUCGUCAACACCGUGCCCAUCACCGUGCGCCUGCUGCAGCAGCAGCGGCGGGACUUCGGAGGCCCCACGCCGCGCCAGGCCGUGGCCUGGGUCGUGCUCGCCAACCAGUGGCCCUGCCGCCUCAGCUGGGUGCUGCAGUGCCUGGAGGACCGGCAGCAGUCCGGGGGCGCGCACGAGGCCCGCGAGCGCCUCUGGGACGUGUUCUGCGACAACAGCAGUGAGCUGCACACCAUGACGAAGGCUCUGCAGAAUGUAUUUGACCUGGACGGCGACCCCGAGCUCUUCGAGCGCUUCCUGGGUGCCGACUUCCCCUUCACCGUGGCCGAGGCUCAGAGCCUGCUGCGCUGCACCAUCAACCUGGACCACUCCAUCCGCCGCCGCAUGGGCCUCAUCCGGGCGGUCAGCUCGCUCAAGCCGCCCAGCCCGCCCAAGUCCCCGGCCGGCAGUGGCCCCCGCGCCGCCAACAGAGCCAACUACAGCUUUCAGGCGACGAGUGCUGCCAAUGGAGCCAACCAUGCUCCGGGGGCAGCCCGGUCAGGCCACCCCGCAGGACACAACCCUGCGCAGACCAGCGAAGCCCGCCACCCAGCAGGGCACAACCCUGCGCAGGCCAGCGAAGCCCGCCACCCAGCAGGACACAACCCUGCGCAGGCCAGCGUAGCCCGCCACCCAGCAGGGCACAACCCUGCGUAGGCCAGCGAAGCCCGCCACCCAGCAGGGCACAACCCUGCGCAGGCCAGCGAAUCCCACCACUCGUGGGAUUUGACUCGUGGACAAGCCGAGACCCUUGGCUUGAGCGCUCUGCGGAAUCCAACUUAAGGGGGCUUUGAAUGGAAGACUCGGGGGACAGCAGGGGGCAACAGCUCCUCUACCCAAAUGAGGACACAUGUAGGGGGCCCAACCGGGCCCAGCGUCCAGUGUUGGGAAUGAGGGCUGUGGUGGCUGCAUUCCCCAGUUGAAUCUGUGAGCCAGACAGAACUGUUGGCAGCAGCUGACUAUAGUGCCAAUGUCUGAAAGCUGGCGCCAAAGCACCACUGAGGAACUCAGGGUUCAAGUGCCAAUAAAUGAAGGUAUGAAAGCCCUUGAUUGGUCUUCAGGCCCUGGUCUCCCUGGCUUACGUAGCAAGGACUGCGGACCAGGCCUGCCCUGUCCUGCCAAGCCCACUUCCUCCCCAGGUAGGCAGCGGCGUCAGCCGGCAGCCUCCUGGCUGGCGUCCCUAGGGCAGGAGGGGUGUGGGGGCGGCGGGUGAGGCCCAGGCAGGGAGAUGGAGGACGGAUGUGCUGCGUUGACUCAGGCAUGGAGGACGCCCAGGCCUCCGGGGAGCCAGUCCUUGUCCCCACACCCUGGCCUGCUCCUCUGUGGGCAGGGCAGGAGCAGCAUUUCCAAGAGCGGUGUCCAGGGUGACCUCAGCGGGCUGCUCCCCUCUCGGGAUGGCUCCACCCCCAGCAUAAUGGGCUAAUCAGGCCUUGCUGGCACCUCAGCCAGCUGGGUGGGCAGCACUGCCUCCCUGGACAACUAACAGUCCAAGGGCCCCUGGACGAGGACAGGGAAGUUGAGGCACAGAGCUGGGGCACGUGUAGGCCAGUUGGUGCCAGAGUUAAACCGAGAUGAGGAUUAGCCUAGGGCUGGACUGGGGCGCUACCUUCUGCUCCCACCAGUGGGACAGAGACCUCAGAUGGGGUGUCACUCCUCGGGGCAGCUUCCCAUUCCUGUCAAACAGCCACACGCUCAGGCCUGUGCUGUGCCUGGCACAGUCCAGGGGGUAAGGGAGGGCCAACACUUAACACACCCUGUGUGACCAGAGGUCAAGGGCAUGACUUCUGAGCCAGGGUCCUGAGGGCUGAGGGGACAGUCACAGAGGCAGCCUAGAGCUCUUCAAAGGCACCCACCCUCAGGCCACAUGGCCUGGUGGGAAGACUGACCUCGUUCCUUAGCUUCAUGCUGGCACAGCUCCCCAGGUCAAUGAUUGUGCCAAAGGAGACGCAGGGCAGAGCUAGCCUGUGACUUUACAGGAGCUGCCAGG